AUGACCAUUCUUGUAAUGUCUUAUUAAACCUUUCAACAAUGCCUAUACUUUCUUUAGAAUUAGCUAUUCAAAUAUUAACACCAUAUUUAUUCAUUAAUCUAAUAACAUCACCCCGAAAUUUAACACCUCCAUCCACUAUAAGAUAUUUUUUAGGCCAA